UGAUGCUUAGCUUCUAAGUAAAUAUUUUUACUACCACCUGACUUCCACUCUUUCCAAAGUUUCCUCUUUACUUUAUACACUGCUCAACCUAAUUAUUCCGCCACCAGGUCUGUCUAUGUCUAGCUGGUCCUUUCGUCUACCCGCAGCUAUCAUCAGAAGCUUCUAGAAGACAAUUCUUUAAAGUAGUCCAAGUACUUUCAACUUUGUCACUAUCACACUGACCAUUGUUGGCUAAUUGAUGAACUUUUGCACUAAAUUGUCUUGCUACAAUCUCUUCCUUCAGCUUCCAGACUUUACGACGGGGCCUGUACUUUCCCUCGGCUUCGUUAACACUCGUCAAGAUAAUAUCACAAACCAGCAAGCUAUGCUGGGAAACACACUUCCCCCGAUAUAACUUUCAUGUCCUUCAUCACUUUCUUGUCUGACUUUCUAACCAGGAAGUAAUCUGUGUCUUACAGCCACCUGACUCAUAUGUUAUCAGCCUACUCUGUCUCUUACUGAAUGAUGUGUUGCAAACCACCAUGUCCGUUGCCAUUCCAAACUCAGGCAACCUCUCCCCUUCCUUAUUUCUGCUCCCAAAUCCAUAGCCUCCAUGCACACCUCUAUAACCUUCAGAUGUUCCCAACAUGACCAUUAAAGUCGCCGCGCACCAUGACAAGUUCAGUGUCUCCAAACUUUGAUGUGACUGCUAUUAACUCAUCAUAAAACUUAUCUUUAUCUUCCUCACUGAGUCCACACUGUGGAGCAUAAACUGAAAGAAAAGUGACAAUCCUAUUACCUAUUAAAAACUUUACCACUAUAAUACGAUUAUUAACACGCAUAACUUCUAUUACUUUUUCUACCCACUUCUCUGCAACCAAUAUGCCAACUCCUCCAUAUCCAUCACUAUUACCAAUCCAAAAAAGCUUAUACCUUGCCCUCCUACUUACCACAAAUCUCACUGAAGCUCCUCUCCACCUGACUUCCUGAACACAACACAUAUCAACAGAUCUACGUUCUAACAUUUCAACUAUUUCACCUGCUCCACCUCUCAGAGUACUAACAUUUACACUAGCCAUCCUCAACCUAGUGUUAUCUACCUUGUUAUGUGAUAGCUGGGUAACGGUCUGACAAUGCUCACACCUGACAUCUUUCCUAUCAUGCGUGACACCUUCACUCCUUAGAGUUCCAGACUCGUUUACCCAGUUUGUCUGAUCAACUGUCCUUACGGCCUUUAAUAAUGAGUGUUGGCAUUGUUUUACAGCUGGAUGCCCUUCCUAGCACCAACCGUUCACAGACUGGACUGGGUGUUGUAUAAAGUUACACCAUCACUAUGUGGCAUUUCAUGGGACUUCCACAAUCGCCCCUUUAAACUAAGCUAUGGACAUGAGGAUGGCUGUUGCUGUGGAUGAAAAGUAUAUCACUAGAUCCUACUUCAAAGAAGAAAAGAAUGCUGACUCGUCUAUUCCAUCUAAGAAAAACUCCUCAAAAAAUUCCAAGAAUAAACUGGGUAGAAAGUUAGCAGAGGUCUUUCGCACUGACUUUAUAACUGCUAUGAAAAUACCAGACUCACAACAACUACCACCAGGGGAACACUUGAUGUUAAAAGAUACAUGGAGGCAAGAAUGGGAAAAGGGUGUGCAGGUUCCUGUCAACCCUGAAAAGUUACUGAACCCAAUCUCCAGGAAACUGGACAUAGACAUACCAAGAGACGAGGUUUCAUUUUCUUUGCCUGAAGAGUUUUUACAAUUUGACCAGCAGAAAUAUAUUGCCUCAAUUGAUAGAAGCAACACUUCUUGUAAUUACGACCUGGAUGAUGUCGAUGUUAGGUGGCUAAAAAAUAUGUCAUCUAUUCGAACUUUAAAGAAAACUACUGAUGUUGACGAAUUAACCAUGGAACGUGCGAUAACCUUUUUUGAACGCCAGUGUUUUGAAAAAAUGGCACAUGCUGUUGCAACAAAGGAAGGCCUCAGUAUUGAGUAUGAUGAAUCCACAACUUGUAAUGUCUGUUUAUCGCCUGAUGCAGAAGAUGGCAAUGAAAUUAUAUUCUGUGAUGCUUGCAUGAUGUGUGCUCAUCAGCAUUGUUAUGGAGUGCUAGAAAUUCCUGAGGGAACAUGGUUGUGUAACCCUUGUUCUCGUGGAAUAUUAUCACCGCCUUGUUGUUUAUGUCCCAACAAAGGAGGAGCAAUGAAACGAAUUAAAGAUUCAUACGAAUGGAUUCAUGUUAUUUGUGCGUGGUGGGUGCCGGAAGUGAAAAUAGAAGACGUCAGAUACAUCGAGAGAAUCACUAAAGAUAAAAUACCGCCCAGUAGAUGGAACUUGAGUUGUAGCGUUUGUCGUGAAAAAAUCGGAGCGUGUGUUCAAUGUUCGGUAAAGCGCUGCGUCCGUGCAUAUCACAUCACGUGUGCUGUGAAGGAAGGCCUUGAAAUGAAAACUGUCGUUAUACCAGAAAAGAAUGAUGUGCAGCACAUGUCUUUUUGCUCUAAACACUGCACUCCCGUGCCACCCGAGCAAAAUCCCAACAGAUCAAAAUGUGGCGAAGAUAUUGAGAAUAACCGACUGAAAGAGCUUCGGAAGUUGGAGUCUGAAUUUUACACAUUGGUAUCAAUCAAGAAAGCUUCUCGUGAAUUGAAAAUCAGUAAUGAGGCGUGUCGACGCUUACUUUCUUAUUGGACCAUGAAAAGACGGGCGAAUGAUAAUGCACCGUUAAUACAACUGACAUUGGAACAACAAGAAAAACUGAGUGGAAAACAGGGUGUGGUGUUCAUUAACCAACAAAAAACACUUGAGAUGGAGAGAUUUUUGCACCUUCGUCAGGAUUUAGAACGCCUUCGUAACUUGUGCUACAUGAUCGUGCGUCGCGAGAAGGUACGCAAAGAGUUACAUCGCACUUCUAUGGAGAUAUUUUACAAACAGAAUGACAUACUGCUCGACAAGAACGAAGAUUUAUCCGGAGACCAAAUGGACUUUAUAAGACAUCGAACUACAAGAUUUAGUUGUUUUUCUGAACAUUACCAGACUGAAGACCAGUACGAGGCUGAGCACGGAACGAGGCUGGCGCUUUUUGAUGAGACUCUAGAAGAGGACGAUUUGUUAAACAGCAGUCAAGUUGAAGUUGUUCCUCUAAAAGACAUCGAAAAGCGUGUCAGCGAUACGCCGCAUGAACUAAAAGUGAAGGGAAAGAACGGGAUAACAAAGACCGAAAGCGAAAGAAAUAUAUUCGAACUGCUUGUACCGAAGAACGAAGAAAGUUUACCGCAGAUGCAGUCUUCUCCGAAAAAUUCCGUUGUUGAACAUUCUUCCAGUGAGGUAAAAGCGAUGUCAACAGUUACUAGGAGGUUGACAGAAACUUAUGAUAUUGCGCCAAGACAGUCAAUACAUUCAUCAAGUAAAGUACAUAGCUUGGACACAGAGGUUGCUCCACUGCCAAACGGUUUUGUUGAGAACGGUAUUGAGGGUGAGACGAACAAACUAGACGAUAAAACGAAGACGUCACGGUUGGUUAAAAAGGGUAAAAAGAGGUUUCGUAAUUUGCAUAAGUUCGAUCAGGCGCAGCGUAGAAACAGUCCACGCUUAAAUAAAAUAGAAAAUGAAAGCAGUUGUGAAAUAAACAUUGAAACUGCAAACUCUAUCGAUGGUAUUAAUAAACAACUUUCAGAAAUAAUUAGCGAGGCGAAAAGAAGACGAUUAAAUAGUAGCGGCGAUUAUGUAACCGAAUUUGAAGAGGAACCACCCGACUAUGUGCGCGUAACUCGGUCGCGAGUAGCCUCAUAUUCGUAAUAAGCCUUCAAUAAAUAGUUUGUUUUAGCAAACGAAAA